AUGGCAUCGUACGACUACCGCAGGCAGCUACCUUUACGACGAGAAGAAUUUCGACUGGUACGACUCCAUAUGGGGGCAGCGAAUGCUGAACUUGAAUGCGAUCUGCUUCGGCGUUCCCUCCCCUCCGACGAUGAUCCGGAGCCUAAUCGCUUUGGUUAUGGUGUCCGAGCACCUACCCCAGAGCCCUAUGAUGCCUUGUCUUACACCUGGGGUCCCAAGGGGCAGAACUGCCAGAUCAAAAUUCUCCAAGGUAGCGAAUCACAUCCAAUGGAAAUACGACCAAAUCUGAAAGCAGCAUUGUUGCGUUUCCGGCAACCGAACUCGCAUAGAUACCUGUGGGUCGAUGCACUCUGUGUCGACCAGGCGAACCAAGAGGAGAAAAGCAUCCAAGUGAGCAUGAUGUUUCGAAUCUUUGAUGCUGCCGAUAAUGUGCGUGUUUGGCUUGGUGAGGAGGCAGAUGAAAGUACCAGAGCGAUGGAAUUUAUUCGGAGUCGCUUAAAACCCGACGAAUUCGACAAAGCGGUCGAAGACCCGUCGCUGUUGAGGGAAUGGGUUGCGCUGUCUGGCUUGAUAAGGCGCCCCUGGUUCAGUCGGCGAUGGAUAAUCCAGGAGAUAGCCCUGGCGAAGAAAGCUACCGUGUAUUGUGGAGGCGCAUGUGUGGAGUGGGAGGAAUUCGCCAACGCGGUGUCCCUUCUCGUCCACAGCAAGGAGAACGUUCGGCAACUCUUGAGAAGGUCAAGUGAGUACUGUAAUCAUCCGGAUUAUCUUGGAGAUGUGAGUCAAUCGGCAGCUGCCCGAUUGAUCGAUACUUCAGACAAUAUGUUCCGGAAGUCGGAGAAGGGACAGAUACUCGAGCGACUCCUUUCCCUCGAAGAACUCAUGUCAACCCUCUCUGCCUUCGAGGCAUCAGAUCCUCGAGAUGUUCUCUAUGCAGUAUUAUGGUUAGCUCGUGAUGCACGCCCGGGUUUCAGGCGUGGAGGUGAAGUCAUACCUCCAGAUGAUCAGAGCAUAUUCUCAGGGCUCUCUGGAUUCACGGAGUAUCCGACAUCACCAACAAAUAAUUCCGAUGUGUUACCUAGCGCUUAUCUGCAAUUUGGAUCCCCGGAAAGGCGGAAAAGAGCCCAUUCGGAUGGUACGUAUAAUAAUAGCAUGGGCUUCAAGCGACUUCACAGUAUGGACCAGAACCACCCGGUUCCGCAGAUUUUUGUCAGCCCUGACAUUGUGAGCGAACCAGCAGUGAUAACUACCUCCGUCAAUGGACACGCGGGCGAACAUACGACGCCACCUCAACUCCCCGCGCCGCCCGAAAAGAGCCUUGGCCCUCCUGCUAUCCAUCUAGACAUUCCAUCCACCCAAGGAUCCGUUGAUUCGAACCAAAGCCCAAGGGGGGAAUCGGACCGAAGUUCAAGAGCAGACUCCGUAGAGCCGAAAGAAGGCUUAGCUAUUAAAAUUGUAAGAACACUCCGUGCGAGGCGACGCAAAAAUAGAAUCCCAGUGGAUUAUAACAAAAGUGUCCUGGAAGUUUGUAAGGACGUUCUGAAAUUUAUAUUCACGGAGUCACGCUCACUGGACAUGCUGUGCCGACCUUGGGCGCCUUCCGGCCUGAACCUGCCCUCCUGGAUGCGGCCAGUCUCAGACAAUCCCUUUGCAACGGAAAGGCACGGAGUUUAUCGUCGAGUCAACGCUGACCCUUUAGUGGGUAAACCCUGGCCGAGCCCAAAUCUAUACAGGGCUGCGCAUAGUAUUCCGGCCGACUGGAAAUUCGACCCCGAAGUCAAUGAAAGUCUCAACAUCCAAGGCUUUGUCCUAGACACGAUACGUAAAAAGGCAUCAGCGGCACGCGCUGGCGUCAUUCCAUCCGACUGGAACAAAAUUGUCGGUUGGGAGAACACAUCCUCGCCGCCCCCGGAGACCUUCUGGAGGACAUUGGUUGGGAAUCGGGAUUUCACAAGCCACAAACCACCACGCCACUGGCGAAAAGCGUGUCACGACGCCUUUAGCCUCAGAACGUCAGGAGGAGAUCUCGAUAUUAAAGAAGCGGUCGCCUAUGAGUGUCCGAAGUUUGUCCAGCAGUAUCUAGAGCGAGUACAAUGUACAGUUUGGUCACGAAGGCUUGCAGUUCUAUCCAGCAUUCCAGUGCAAGAAUCUCUGUGUCUUGUCCCCAUGUGCGCCAAGAAGGGGGACAAGGCAAACCGUGGAACCGCCUUCGGAAGAGUAUUUUGGACAUGGUAG